CUUGCGCUUUGCGAAAUGAAUUUUUCUUCUAUCUAAUUGUACAAAAUUUAUUGCUAUCGACGAGCAAGUUUAUAUUGCUAUUACUGGUAACCGGAUCACAAGUCAUGGCUCAGCCAACCCACGCAACGACGUCAGACUCGCACUGCUCUUCUUGUGCUUGUGGCCACGAAGUGAGCGAACGUGCAAAAGUAACAACGUCUUCGCUUCGAGAAAAGCAAGCACCAAUCAAGGAUUUGUACAAAAAAGAUCCGUCUAAAGCAUUUGUGACACUUUCAGCGCAAGGCACUCUGUCAAACACUUCUAUCGCGUGCAAACUCUCCAGUGGAGCCGCUAUCAAGGAAGCAACGACUCGCGUAGCAGGUUUGCAUCCUAAGGCCGGCGGCGACAACCCUGAUGUCAGUGGCGAAUUAUGCUCAGGAGAUAUGCUGCUUGAAGCAUUGGUUGCAUGCGCAGGAGUAACAAUGAAAGCUGUCGCAACAGCUCUCUCACUUCCAUUGAAGGAUGGGAACAUUCGAGCGGAAGGCGACUUGGACUUCCGGGGAACUCUUGGUAUUGAUCGUGAUGCGCCUGUGGGCUUCAAAGAGAUUCGUAUGAGUUUUGAUGUCAGCUUUGAGAACGAAAUCUCUGAGGAGCAGGUUGAACGACUGGGUAAACUAACGGAGCGAUAUUGCGUUGUCCUGCAGACAAUCGCGAAAAAACCUGAAAUAAAGCUCAGAGUCAGGGGCGCCUACGAAAGCGAGGAUGGUAUCGAGAGGGCGGAACUAUGGGCUAGAAGUACUUAGCAAGAUGCAGUGUAGUUGAAUAAGCGUG